AGGAAGCCGGGUUUCUGUGCCUAGCGGGAAAGCAGUUUUGCGAAUCUCUGUUGUGAUUGUGCUGUUGUGGGCAAUUCGAAAAGGGCAUAUGGUUUUCUCCCCGGAUCGCUCUGCGCUGCAUGUGUGAUGAGGCGGCAUUAGCUUCCCUGUUGUUAUCGGUGGCAAUAUUUGAAUGGCUCUUCGUCGGCCUCUUCUGACGGUGUUUAGUGCUGCUGGUGUAGCUGGUGCGGGCAACGGGAUCACCGCCACCUCCCAAAGCCUGAACUGGGGCGAUGGUAAAAGGACAAAAGAAACGGGCUGUGGACCGAACACGCAGCAAGAAAAGUGCAUCUGCUUCAUGUCACUCUGGUGAUGCCAGCACUGUGUUGAAAGAGAACCAUGGCAAAGCGACCACAAGUAAUGGCACCAGAACGACACCACCGGUCACAAGAAGCACUCGGAUAGACGACUAUUUCCCUGUGCUAGGCACCGAAAUGGCCACUGCUGAGGAGGUAGCCAGCGAGCACAGUUACUCGCGACGGCGUCCUGCCAAGAGAGAGUCUCCAUGCCCAGUGCAGCAGCUAGUAGAACCCGAGGUUCAAAUCCCGUGCCCGGAUGCUGCGGCACUACCCGCUGGCCUGAGCCUCACAGCCACGCAGCCGCCCUCGCCACCUUCUAUGGACACGCAAAAGCUGCCUGCUGAUCCCAGGGGCCACCAUGAAAGGAGCAAAAGUGCUUCCAGAGUUGCAAACAGGCCUGCCGCAAAGGUCACUUUGAAGGCUGCUGUGGCAGCGACGGCGCAAGACCCCUCAAAGGCAGCAAAAAGGAAAACGGACGUGCAGUGCCACUCCUUGACAGAGUACUUUCCCAUCCGAAGAAGUGGACGCAAGACAAAGACUACACUUGCAAAAGAGAGGCAGAAGCAGGUUGAAGAUGCCAUCCUGAAUGGCAUUGAAGAAGGCUUCCAGAUCACAGAGUUUGCUGACAAGGGCCGGGGAGUGACCACAUCUCGGCCACUUAAAGCAGGGGACUUCGUGCUCGAGUAUGCCGGUGAACUCAUUGAUGUGCAAGAGGCAAAGCUGCGUGAACAGAUAUAUGCCACUGACACAUCCAUUGGGUGCUACAUGUACUACUUCACCUGCAGGAACAAACAGUAUUGUGUUGACGCCACUAAGGAAACGGGCCGGCUCGGGCGGCUAGUGAACCACAGCAAGCGGGGCAACCUGAAAACGCAGACGUGCAUCAUCAAGGGUGUACCUCAUUUGGUGCUUGUGGCUCAGCGCAACAUCGAAGCUGGAGAGGAACUGCUGUAUGACUAUGGAGACCGCAGCAAGGCGUCACUCCAGUUUCACCCCUGGUUGGCAUUGUAGCCAGCUUUCAUCAAGAGUCGGCACAGUAAUGAUCUGGGGUACUCACCCUUCUGCUGUUCUGCAGUCCUUCGUUAUUGAGAGCCCCAUCGUACGCCAAGUUAUCUUCAGAGUCCUUUCUCUGUCUGGGUCAUGCAGUUGUUCUAACAGUUGUGCCUAUUUUACAUGGCCCACGAAAAUGUAUCAUUUAGUAGCAGUAUCAUUUUGAUACUCCAGCAAAUAGGGCAUGUGUUGUCCUGGCAUACCUAUUAGGCUUGGACAGCAACAGCUUUGUCUCAAGCUACUCAUUUGUAGGGCUAGCUUGUUGAAUGUGAGUAUUAUAAGCACAGGAUGGCCUGUCUCGGUGGAGAGCAAUCGCUGUUUCAUCUUUCGCCUUGUCACCAUUGGGACAGCAUUUGUAAUGGGAAAAGCAUGACACCAAAGUACUAUUUCGAAGUAUGAAGUUGGCAUUCUGCAAUGAUUAACUAUGCAUGUGAGUCAAUGCAUGCAGCAGCUGCUAGAGUAGCGAAUGGUUCAGAAAGCAUGAGUGAGGCCAUUUUAGGAUGUAAUUUUCAUGAAAAAAAAGUGAAGACUGGAAGCCAGGUGUUAAAGUUGGCACAGUCGACAUCACGUUGUCUGUCAACAUCAGUUGCCUUGACUGUGAAGGAUGCCUUCUUAGUUCGUAUCUGUAAGGCUAGCACAGCUUUCGGCUAGUUUGUGGACCACAUAAUACACCAUGUUUUUUCAGCAGUUAAAGAAAAAAGUUAGCAUAGGUAAGACUGGUAGGAAAUAACGUCUUUUCUGUUUAUGUUAUUUCUUACGCUAACUUCAUUUUCACCAUUGGAAAACGUGCUGCAUCGUUACUUGCUGUGAGCAAGAUAGAAAGCCAAGCUAGUUGUUUUGAACUAGGCAUGAUGUUCAGUAGUGCGAAAAGACAAGGUACAAGAUGAUUCUUCAUGCAUUGCUCGCCACAUGUCAAAUAUUAGUUCACACCGGCUUAGUGCCCAUUCCUUGCUUGUCCGUAGCCGGCCUGACACCUCUUGCAUGGCCUUACACUAUCUCUCUUUGAAGUAUGCGGGAAAUGCUAUGAACUUGUUCUGCAAAGGUCUAAAGGCGACAUGUAGGUGCUGGCAUGUUGCACUGACAUAUUGAAUGCGACACUUUGGAGAUGCUACCACAGCUGCUGCAAUGGCGUUGGAUGCACUGAACAAUGCCACACUGAUCACAACUCUCUCACAUGUGAUGUAAUACUACCUACUGAAUUGUUUCUCGCUGUUCUCCUAUAAUGAUACGACACUUUUAAGGUUCACUAUGGCUUACCGCCAAGUUACAAUUUAAGGCCAGCUUGUUUUCAAGGGUAGUAUGCGUUGUGCCUGAAUGCUGGAAUAUUCCUGCAUUACAUGACUAUUUGGCUGGUCACAUGGCAGUUGCUUUCUUCUCGUUUUGUGCAAACCAUUGUCACCAUGUGAUGCAAAACCAUAUGAUAAUGAAUCCCAUGGUCACGAAGGCAGCAUUCAGGCUAUUGGUUUACUGAGGUGCACAGCUUGCAAAAUGCAUUGACAUUGCUGCAUCCUUCAUAACACUGCUUUAUACAACAGUAAUUAAAUGGCAAAUCUAUUUUGUCUCCAAAGGACAUGCUGUAGUGAUGUGCGUGUUUGAAACACGCGUUAAGCAAAAACUUUCACCUGUAGUUCUUCAGGUACAGUUCAGCAAUGGCAGCUUAUAGUACGAGUCAAUUGUGAUAUCACGUGAUAGUCGAUAUAUCGGAGUACUGAAAUAGCACGAACAAGAUGAGAACACACUGACACGCACGUGACAUUCAACAAUUUCCAACAAGAGAUUGUUGUUGGAAGUUAGUGCCGAUUCUGCGUGCUCUUCUCGCCUCUUGUUUGCGCUACACUUGUAUUCCAAGUUGGAAUACCAAGAAGCCCACAUUGCAACCCUAGCGGAUGUACGUUUGAAGCAAAUGUAUUUUGAUAAACCUAAAUUCAUUGUACCAAUGCGAGCGAGCAUAGAACUUGUAUUCUUGUACUAUCACGUGCCAGAAUGAAAACACAGCCUUUUGGCUUCUGCUUUGCACCCAUGUGUUUUAUUUAGGAUUAUACUUGAGUGGUUCAUGCAAAAAAAAAAAGAAAGAAAAUGCAGAAAGAUAACAUUCAGGAGUGAAUGUUCCGAGAUUUUAGUUUAAGCAUGCACUGUAGUGAACAUGACCAGGUCUGCAAGGAACUGUCAGUUUUGUGUGUUGAUAAACGUAUGCAUUUUAUUAAUCCUGGAAAAAGAGUGCACAGGGCACUCUGCCAGUGCUGCAAUGUAUUAUCGACAAGUUUAUGCAGAGUGCUCACACACUGCCACUAGAAGUUUGUGCUGUUCUUCAGUUUUGUUGUUGCUAGUAUAUUAGUUGAACCAAACAAGUUGUUACUCAUGUGGUGCAGUAUAGGCCGGCACCCACAUGUGAACUUGUUCCUUUACCAAACUAUACACUUCCAUGUUUCUGUGUCCAAAUUUUAUAUUGCUUUGUUUCACUUUUAAAGCUUUACCAUUCACUCUUGUGCACCUGCCUUUGCAGUCUCCAGUAAUGCAUUUCUCAGAGCCUAUGUGUUGAUUCAGAAUCCUGUUCAUUCACUUCCAAGAGUUGGAAACUUUCGUUCAGUAAGCUCGAGGGUGGGAACAGCAGUACAGUGCGUACUUUGCAAGUUCACAACUUGAACAAACUUUACCAGAGGUUUAGCUUAGAUAAUAAAAUGUGGAAUGCAUUUUAAUGUGUCGACAGCAGAUUACUAACUUGUGUCCAACACAUUUUUUACGUAAUGUAUGCCCAACUAACAAAUGACAAAGGUCAUGGCUCUGCUCUAUGUGAAUACUAUACCAUGUACAGCUCAUCUCAAGUUCCAUUCGCUUGGUUUUCACAGUGCAAGUGCACAACACAUAAACCUACAACCAAGUGAACAGGUUAAGAACUACAUUUACGACACUGAUUAUUCACAGUUUGGGUGCAUACUGCAAGUGUGGACAACCACACAUGCUUGUUUAUCACACUUGUACGGCAUGUACAGUCAUCAUCUUAUCAUGUUUUCGAUGGCCAGUUUGUUUUUGUGUUCCACUGUAUAAGUUAUUUUUCAACUUCAUUGUCCUCCAUUACCUUUACCACAGCACACAAUAAAUACCAGAAUCUAUGCCA